ACAGUGAAGUGGGUGGACAGGGAUAGGAGGGGCUCAGUGGCGCAUGCGCGCGGAUCAGGGGCGCGGGUCUACAGGCACCGGCGAGGGCACAAGCUGGGAACGUGUGCGACUCUCGGGGCCUGCGGGACUGUCCGCUACUUCGGGUCCCCGCAAGUGCCAAGCGCCGGCCCCGAACUCUGUUCGCAGCUGGUAGUGGGGCUGGGGGCUUCGCGGAGUCCUUGAAUUGGAGCGACGCUGGGUCCUCUGGUUGUCCCCUGGAGGGGAGGGCCCACGGGCGGAGACAUCGGGGAGCGUCCUUCCCACGGCGCGGUGCAUUUGGGCGUCACCCACCGGGGGGCGUUUCCUGAGACCCUCAGGGAUCUCAGAGGCGAGGUAACCUGAGGACCGGACAGACUGAUUCUGGGAUCACUGAGCCCGGCUACUCCUGUGGAUCUGGAGAAACGCGGCCAAGACUGAAGUUCAAGGCCCUAUCUUCCCGGUGGAACUGACUUUUGUCGCAAGUCAAGCUCAGGAACAAGACGCUGUCAUCACAGGUUGACGCUCUGUGGCCUGCCUGGCCACUUCCAGCCAACAUGGUGGACACAGAGAGCCCCAUCUGUCCUCUCUCUCCACUUGAGACGGAUGACCUGGAGAGUCCCUUAUCAGAAGAAUUCUUACAAGAAAUGGGAAACAUUCAAGAGAUUUCUCAGUCCUUUGGGGAAGAGAGUUCUGGAAGCUUUAGUUUCACAGACUACCAAUAUUUAGGAAGCUGUCCAGGCUCUGAGAGCUCUGUCAUCACAGACACACUCUCUCCAGCUUCCAGCCCCUCCUCAGUCAGCUGCCCUGUGAUCCCCGCCAGCACGGAUGAGUCCCCUGGCGGUGCACUCAACAUUGAGUGUCGGAUAUGUGGGGACAAGGCCUCAGGCUACCACUACGGAGUCCAUGCGUGUGAAGGCUGCAAGGGCUUCUUUCGGCGAACUAUUCGGCUAAAGCUGGUGUACGACAAAUGUGACCGGAGCUGCAAGAUUCAGAAAAAGAACAGGAAUAAGUGCCAGUACUGCCGCUUCCACAAGUGCCUGUCCGUUGGAAUGUCACACAAUGCGAUCCGUUUUGGGCGGAUGCCAAGAUCUGAGAAAGCAAAACUGAAAGCAGAAAUUCUUACGUGUGAACAUGAUCUGGAAGAUUCGGAGACUGCAGACCUCAGAUCUCUGGCCAGGAGAAUCCACGAGGCCUACCUGAAGAACUUCAACAUGAACAAGGUCAAGGCCCGGGUCAUCCUGGCAGGAAAGACCAGCAAUAACCCGCCUUUCGUCAUACAUGACAUGGAGACCUUGUGCAUGGCUGAGAAGACGCUUGUGGCCAAGAUGGUGGCCAAUGGCAUCCAAAACAAGGAGGCAGAAGUGCGGAUCUUCCACUGCUGCCAGUGCAUGUCCGUGGAGACCGUCACCGAGCUCACCGAAUUCGCCAAGGCCAUCCCAGGCUUUGCAAACUUGGACCUGAAUGACCAAGUAACCUUGUUAAAGUACGGUGUGUAUGAAGCCAUCUUCACAAUGCUGUCCUCCCUGAUGAACAAAGACGGGAUGCUGAUCGCGUAUGGCAAUGGCUUUAUCACGCGGGAGUUCCUGAAGAACCUGAGGAAACCAUUCUGUGACAUCAUGGAACCCAAGUUUGACUUUGCCAUGAAGUUCAACGCCCUAGAACUGGACGACAGUGACAUUUCCCUUUUCGUGGCUGCUAUAAUUUGCUGCGGAGAUCGGCCUGGCCUUCUAAACAUAGGAUACAUUGAGAAGAUGCAAGAGGGUAUCGUGCACGUGCUCAAGCUCCACCUGCAGAGCAACCAUCCCGAUGAUACCUUUCUCUUCCCGAAACUUCUUCAAAAAAUGGUGGACCUUCGGCAGCUGGUCACAGAGCAUGCGCAGCUCGUGCAGGUCAUCAAGAAGACCGAGUCCGACGCAGCACUGCACCCGCUACUGCAGGAGAUCUAUAGGGACAUGUACUGAUUUCUCCUGAGAUGGCAGCCAUUGCCACCGUCCAGGGACCUCUGAAGUCUGCAGCCCCACACAGGAGAGUGGGGAUUUGCACAGACGACCACCCUCCUACCCUUGGAGAUGAAGAGGGCUGAGCCUAGGUAAUGCAGGCUCUUCCCACGUCUUUCCUUUCUGAAUUGGCACUUCUAAGAACACCUGUUACUCAAACGCUGGUGAGCGGAGGCUAAUAGGAUUCAGACAAUCACAGGGAAUGGCAAUCCCCGGGCUGAUCGUAACUGGUCCCGCACUAAUCAAUGCAUAUUUCUCUACAUCGCGUUUAUAAUUUGUCCCUAUAAUUAAUGUGUAACCUCAAAGUCUGAGUGUUUUCGUCUCUGCUCACUGACCUUCUGGCUGUGUGUGCCCUUGUAAAUCCUGAAAAAACUAAUCUGCACUUUUUAACCAAUGUCUGAUACACAAAGACAGGAUGAGGCCCGAGCGAGCGACAAGUUCUGCAAUCCUGUUCAUGUUAACCCCAUAGCAUGUUGGCAUGACAGCAAUUCCAGAGAUGGAGUCGCAGAAGAUCUGUCAACGCUCCUCUAGGCCCCCUCUGGCAGCUCCUUUAAUAUGACACUUUAUGGCUUUUUUGUUUUUAAAUCUUGAUGGGGAGAUACUCCCUGGAGUGGAGAAGGCAAAGGUGACUUUACUACCCAGGCCGGGAGGGUCUGGUCACCCUGGAGAACAAGAGGCAGGGGUGUGAUGUCCUUCCCCUUCUAUCUGUACCCAAUAGAAGAUCUCACAACACUUGAUUGGGUUUUUGUUGUUGUUUUGUUUCAAAGAAGUAGAUGAUAAAGUCCCUUUUCUUCCAUCCCAUUGGGCAAGCAGUGCUGACUACCUUCAGGAGAAAUAGUUGGCACAGAGAAUUCCCAGACCUCACGGACCUGCUAGCACCUGCCCUCCAAGAGGGUGGCUGCAUUUUUCUGAUCAGGGUGUAUCUUUUGUGCCCCUUCCCAUCUUACAAAAUUUUGACUCUUCUGAAGUCACAUUAUCUGUUAUUAAAGAAUGAUCAAGAUGGAUACUGCCAGGGAGUUGGGGAUGUAGCUCAGCUGGCAGAGGACUGGCUGAACCCUAGUGCUGCUUUCUGCUGGGCAUGGUGGCGCGCGCCUAUGACCUCAGCAAAUGUUUAAGGUCGCCUUCAUAUGCACACUUAAGUUUGAUUCCAGUCUGUACUGCAUGAGACCCUGUUUUCUUUUAAAAAUAUUGAUGCAGAUAAAAUAUUCAAGAUCAGCAUUAUGAAGACAGUAAAAUGAAUAAUAUGGCCAUGAUAUUUCAAGUAGGAAAAGGGGAAAAUUAGGGUCAAGACAUGGUUUAAGAUUUGCACACUUAUGGCUGAGUGGUGGCGCACACCUUUAAUCCUAGCACUCGGGAGGCAGAGGCAGGCGGAUCUCUGUGAGUUAGAGACCAGCCUGGUCUACAGAGCUAGUUCCAGGACAGGCUCCAAAGCCACAGGGAAACCCUGUCUUGAAAAACCAAAAAAAAAAAAAAAAAGAUUUGCACACUUAUGGCUGAGUGGUGGUUGUGCACAUCUUUCAUCCCCGCACUCGGGAGGCACAGGCAGGUAGACCCCUGUGGGUUUUGGGUCCAGCCUAGUAGGGCCAGUCUGGUCUACAGAGUUAGUUCUAGGACAGUCAAGGCUACACAAAGAAACCUUGUCUCAAAAAACAAAACAAAAACAAAUAGAAUGAGUCUUUUUCUGUCCCGCCAGCCAGCUCCCA